UUCACUCGAUAGCAAUAAAUAUAUUUUUAAAAUUCGAUUUUAGGAUUAUAUUUUUAAAGAAUUCAUGAAACUUUUUUUCAGUCAACUAAAAAAAUUAUAUAGAAAUGUACAGUAUUAACAAAAAUGGUAGAUUCUGAUUGUAUUGUGAUAAAUCUUCGAUCAGCUGUAACCUUAGUUUUGCUUUUUUUUGUAAAUGGUAUCCAUCAAAGUCAAACUGCUUUGAAUUCAAUGGAACCAUCUUCAAAAGUAGAAUACCAAAAAAAUAUAACUUCUGACGCCGAACCCAUUAGUAUACCUCAAAAUCAAACAUCAUCGUGCCCAAGUGAAAUAGAAUGUAAGAAUUUAAAUGUGACAUGUCUAAAUUGUAACUAUAAAAAAAACUGCCGCUACGGAAAGGAUGUAAAUAUAACGUGCGAAGUAAAAUCAUCAUAUGCAUGCGUGGGGGAAAAAACUUUUAAUAGAACAAUGAAUUGUAGAUAUUGUUAUCAAACAGAAAUUUGGCAGCACAGAUGUGAACUUAAGGGACAUUGCAAUUCAAUGGAUCCAAAAGCUAGAUAUAAAACAAAUUGUACUGUUUACGAUAAUGUACUUUGUUUGGGAAAUCGAGAAUUCUCAAAACGAGUACCGUGCAACUGGACUCACGGAUACAAAUGGAGUACUGCAUUAAUAAUUAGUUUAACUUUAGGGGGUUUCGGUGCUGAUAGAUUCUAUUUAGGUCAUUGGCAGGAAGGAAUUGGAAAACUGUUUAGUUUUGGUGGUUUAGGUGUAUGGACUAUAAUCGAUGUACUUUUAAUAUCAUUACAUUAUUUAGGUCCAGCAGAUGGAUCUCUUUUCAUUUGAAAUUGUAAUUUAUAGAAUUUAUUAAUAAUUUGAAAAAAAAAGAAAUUUAAUUUAUAUUUCUUAAAUAUCUAAAAUUAGCAAAAAUGAAGUGAAUUAACUUAUUUAUAAAGAAAUUUACGGAACUGAUUCUUUUAAAUAUAAUAAAGAUUUAAUUAUGUUUAAGUUUACUUCUAGUUGAAUUGAAAUUAAAAAAAAAAUAUAUAUAUAUAUAUAUGAAAAUUUUAAAAAUAUUGU